AUGCCAGAAAAGAAUAUUCUUUUAUUUGGAUCUGCUCGUGAAUCAUAUUCAAGUAGUGUUAAAAUAGAUUUUCCAAAGAUAGUCAAAGGGAAAGUGAUUAAAGAUAUCAUAUUUCAAAAAUUAGAUAAAAUAUCAUAUUUAAAAGAUUGUUCAAUGUUAGCGAUUAAUCAAGAGUAUGUUAAUGAUUUUGAAGUUGAAAUAAAUAUGGAUGAUGUUAAAGAGAUAGCUAUUUUACCACCAUUGUCUGGUGGGUAA